AUGUGGAAUGGCCGAAGCUUCGUGCAAACAUUGCAGGCAGGAGCCGCGGCCUCCUUGCUGGCCUCAAGACUCAGCUCCAGGAAGCAGCGAGCUGAACUCGCCUGCAGCGGCUGCGCCGGCCACGCAGAUCACCUGCCCGCGCGGAAGGAGUUGCAGCAGUACCUGAUCCAGACUGAGGACGGAGAGACAGUUCUGCAUGUUUGGGAAGGAUGCCAGAUUUUUGCAGAUGGCUGUGGAGUUCGCAAGUGGCCAGCUGCUGAUGACCUGCUUUCCUACCUCAGCCCCAUGGGAAGGCCGCGGCACUUGCAGGAAAGUGCGGGAGCGAGUCGCUGGACUGGCCAGCGGGUUGCAGAGGUUGUUCAUAAGACUCUAGACAGAUUUCCAGCAAUGCAAAGUUUGCCGCUUCAACGCCCAGACGCGCAGUGUUACGGGGGCUGCGCGGCUCCAUUGGCUACAUCACAAUCCACAUUUCGGGCCACGCCUUUUGGCGGCCUUUCUGGUCGAAGCAGUUUGUUGGGCCUUGGAACUUUGGCCUUGAGUGCAAGCCGUUUGUGCAACAAGCGGACAAUCUGCCCAGGCUUUCGAAGUUGCAAGAGAGACGAGUUGCAAGACUUGUGCACAUGGUUGAAGCAGAUCGGAACAAAGGGGGUUGACGAUCUCCGACUCGAUGCCAGCAUGAAGGAGGAUGGAGGUUUAGCUGCAUUUGCGAAGCGGGACUUUGCGCCAGGCGAAGUUGUUUGCCUUCUUCCAGAGCAGGGCAUCCUCGUCGGCGAACAGCAGGAAGGUCUUCUGAAGGAGGCAUGCUUGGCACGGGCACUUCUGCGCGAAAAGGAACUGGGAUCCGAGUCGUUCUUCGCACCCUACAUCAGGUGCCUGCCAACAGAAAGUCAGCUUCCAUCGAUUCAUCCCUACUUCUGGCCGCCGGGGCUGGACCUCGAAGACUUGUUCGCGGGGAGUGCCCACGGCCGGCGCGUGGCCAGAGAGAUCUUUCAAGAAGGACGUGAAAAUGUCGAGAAGUUGGUUGCAGCCGGCAUUUCAGAGCAGGAUGCACGUUGGGCUCUCGCCAUCGUAGAUUCCAGGGCUUUUACCUUUCAGCCGGAUUCCGACGAAGAGCAGCUUGCAUUAGUGCCCCUCGUGGACAUCCUGAACACCACGACGCUCUUCCAGGACGGUGUGCAGCUUUGGCAGUGUUCCUUCGAACCGCAAGGCCCCGUCAGAGACGGGGCAUUGCUGCUGGCUGAGGGGCCGGUCAAAGAGGGCGAGGAGCUCCUGCAUCUCUACGGCCCCAACUCCUCCGCCACGCUCUGGACCAUCUACGGCUUCCUCGAAGAGAGGGAGGAGACGGAGAACCUCUUCGAAAUCUGCGGCCUUGAAGUUGACGUGCCUGCCACGCUGGCAGAUGAUCCGCCGAAGCUGAGAUCUGCCAAGCUGGAAGCCCUGAGCCGCGCAAAUCUCUCUGAGCGCCUGCUGCUUGAGCUGCCGGGUGAUGCCCAAACGGGCGGAAGGAUGAUGCCUCUUGCCAGACUGCUCGCAGGCGACAGCUUGGAGGACGUACGCCGAUUCGCAGAGUCUUUGGAGCUCGCGACCCCGGUCCAGGCGGGGCUCGAUCAGGAGCUCUCGGCACGGCGACAGGUGGUUGCAUGGCUGCGCAAGGGCCUGCAGGACUCCUUCAACGCUUCGGCCGCACCGUUGCCGGAGUCCGAAAGUCCUCAGAUGACGGAGCUGCGGAGGACGGCCAAGAAGCUGAUCGCCAACGAGCGGCCGGUCCUGGAACUGGAGCUGCUGGCCUCCGAGAGGUUCUGUGCAGGUGCCGAAGCAGCGCUGGAAGCCGGUGGCGCCUCGCUGCAGAGCUUCGUCGCAGAGCAGUGGGACGACGAGACAGGGUGGAUGGGCGCGGGGUAG